GCUUUGUCUCUGUGAUCCAUCUCGUGACAGAGGGGAUGGAUUUAACACUUAGACCACCCCAGAGUAUCUCUACUUUAAACUUACAGAUUGAACAGACCCCACUCCACAAACACAUUCACGCUGACAACAUCUUGACCACCUUAAAACCAUCAUGACUGCUGUUUCGCUACUGGUGCUGCUGGCGUCUUUUAUUGCCGCUGUUGCUGCAUAUCGCUUCUACAUAACUUAUGCGCUACAACUCACCGCUCAACAGCAUGGAUGCCAGCCCGCCGCCCGCUACAAGCACAAGGACCCCGUAUUCGGCCUGGAUAUCUUCCUGCGAACCGGAGACGCUAUCGGCAAGAACAAGUUUCUGGUUGAACACCAACGGCGAUACGAUACAUAUGGCCAUACUUUCGAAGCCCUGAACUUCGGUUCACGUGCCGUGUACUCAGUCCACCCAGAAAACGUACGGGCGGUCUUCUCUAAAAACGCUGCAGACUGGGGCGUCCAACCUUUGCGACUACACAACAUGAGACCAUUCUGUGGCACGGGGUUCAUCACGACUGACGGCUCUGACUGGAAGGCCUCUCACAAUCUGCUCAAGCCCGGCUUCCACAGGUCCCAUAUUUCGGAUUUCGGACCCCUCGAAGAGCACCUUCGUAUCCUCCUAGAACAGGUCCCAAAGGACGGCACCAAGUUUGAUCUACAGCCAUAUCUCCUGAGGAUGUAUCUCGAUUUGAACACGCUCUUUCUGUUCGGAGAGCCUAUUGGAAUGCUUUCAGGCACUCCCCCAUCGCAUGCAGAGGGCUUUCUAGAUGCAUUCCAGGCUGGCUUUAAUGGUUGCGGAAUACGCAUCGCCCUGGGACCUCUGAACUUCUUGAUGCCAAAGGGUGCCUGGCUCAAGGCAUGCGCCAAGGUUCAUAAAUUCGCCGAUGUAUAUGUCGACAGAGCUAUUGAAUACCGUAACAAGAUCGACUCACUCGAACAUAGCCAAGACGCAACAAAGAGACGUACUCUACUUUUCAACAUGGCACGAGCAACGGCUGAUAGGACUGUUCUGCGGAACCAGGCAGUGCAGGCCAUGAUGGCAGCAACCGAAACAACUGCUUCUCUGGUCAGCCAUGUCAUCCGGAACUUGGCCAGCAGCCCUAGAAUAGCUGCCCAAGUGCGAGCUGAAGUUCUGGCCGCAGGCGACAAGCCCCUGGAUUUCGACCAGCUGCCGCAGUUCAAGUCCUUGCAACACGUUAUCACUGAGACUCUUCGUCUGUACCCUGUAUUUCCGCAGAACAAUCGCGUUGCCUUGAAGGAUACAAUUCUACCUGCCGGAGGAGGCUCUGAUGGUACUGCUCCAGUGUUCGCGCCAGCCGGCACUCUAUUCGACACCUGCUUCGCCACGCUCCACCGCGAUCCGAGCAUCUGGGGCCCAAAUGCCAAUGAGUUUUGUCCAUCUCGCUGGGAAAACAAUUACAGUCCUCCCCCGUUCACAUUCAUGCCAUUUGGAGCGGGGCCUCGGCAGUGCCUGGCACAGCAAAAGGCGACUAUGGAGGUCUCAUAUAUAGUAUCAAGGAUGUUGCAGGAGUUUAGCGACAUCAAGAGCGAGGAUGACAAGCCCUAUGAGCCACAGGUAGCUCUAACAGCAAAGAGCGCUCACGGGUGUCCUGUAUCGCUCACCCGAGCGACAGGGUAAAUCACACAAUGUGAUGGGGCUGGAAGCCUGUGUCCACUAGUAACUAGUGGGUCUUCGGAACGGUCAGAUACUUGAAGUUACAUGAAAUAUGAAUCUGGUCAUAUUAAA